AUGGAACCACAAAAACUAACGAUGCACGAGGCAUAUAAAAAAUUUUGUUCGAAACAUCCUUUGAAAAAACUGUCAAUGCCGAAAAGUGACUUAGUAUGGUCAUACUAUGAUAUUAAUAGUAGGAACGAAAAUAUUGUGAUAUUUUUACAUGGGAUAUGUGGAACAGCUGGAUGUUAUUUUUACCAGUUAGAUGAGCUAGCUAAUUUAGGAUUUCGAGUAAUUUCAUUUCAGUACCCAUGUUAUAAUUAUCUAAAAGAUUGGAUAAAAAAUAUGUGUAAUAUAUUAGAAUAUUUAAAUAUAAAGAAGGGUCAUUUUUUUGCGUCAGACUUAGGUGGAUAUUUAAUUCAAUUAUAUGCAAAGUUAUAUCCAUCGAAAAUUGAAUCUCUAAUUUUAUGUAACUCUUACAGAAGAACAGACGAUUUUGCUGCCAUUGCGUCUUUUCGAAAUGUGUAUGGAAAGUUAUAUAGCUUUUUACCACAUGUGUUAUUAAAAAAAAUAAUAUUAGAGGAUUAUAUAUAUGGCAAUUAUGUAAAUAUAGAUUUAAAAGAAAAAAAUUCUUUAGAAUUUAUGAGUAAUGAAAUUGAUUUAAUAUCUGCAGCAGAUUUAGGGGGUAGGAUAAGUUUACAAUUAUCAUCGGAAAGUGUUGAUAAAUUAUACAUUAACGAGAAAUCUAUAACCAUUUUACAAACACUGAAUAAUAUGUAUACAGAUAGUUUAAAUGAAGAUAUGAAAAAAGCUUAUCCAUUUGCUAAACAUGCAAUUAUGAAAUCGGGGGGUUCUUUUCCUUAUCUUAGUAGGUAUGAAGAAGUCAAUAUGUAUAUCUUAGUUCAUCUUAGAAAUAAUUGUAACGCUGCAUUUGUCAAAGAACAGAUUAGUAAUAUGAGUUAUAUCCACAGACAAAAAAGUGAAGAAGGUAAUAUAGGUCAAAUUUCUUUUGGCAAAAAUUUUCCUAGCCUUAAUGAAGGAAAACAUAAGAAGAGUAACCAAGAAAGCUGUAAAAUAAUUAGAAGCGUUAAGCAGAGUAUUAAUGAUCAUCCGUGUGAUUGUAGUAACCCUAAUGGAAGUAAAUUCAAUAGCAGUUGCUGUCAUAACAAUAGUACAUAUGCGUUUAGGGAAAGGCAAGAAUCUGAGCAAGGAAAAAACGAAAUAUUAAAUAUACAAAAAAAUAAACUUGAUAAUGUGUAUGAAAAGGACCACUGCAAUUUUAAUUUUUACAAACACGGCAGUUAUAACAGUUACGAAAAUUUUAGCAGGAAGGAUACUUUGACAAGCGACGAAAUUACGAAUACUACUGAACAUGUUAAUAAUUAUUCCUACGGUAAUUAUUAUGAGGAUAAUAAACAGAAUUAUCAUAGCGGUGAUAGCUACAGUGGGGGUAGCCACAACGGUGAUAGUCACAGUGGUGAUACCCGCAAUAGUGAUAUCCGCAAUAGUGAUAUCCGCAAUAGUGAUACCCGCAAUAGUGAUAUUCGCAAUAGUGAUAUCCGCAAUAGUGAUAUCCGCAGUAGUAAUACCUCUAGUGGAUAUAAUAACCAUGUACAUGUACACACAGAUGAGAGGAAUGCCAAAUUUAACAAAAGGAGCACAAAAGGAUAUGACCAACAAUACCGUUAUGAUGAACAAGAUGAUAAUUAUUCAAAUGUACACAAUUUAACAAAUGAUGAAUUUGCAAAUAAUCCCAAUGUUUUUAAUAUAAAUCAUAAUGAUGGUAAUUACAGAAAUAGUUACUAUGAGGAAAGAAAUACAAUAUAUACAGAUGAUAAUAGAUAUAGUAAUAUUGGGAAAGAACGUACAUAUGCAAGUAACGAAAAAUGUGGUGUAAAUAAUCCAAACUUAGCAAAUUCGGAGCAAUAUUAUAAUGAGUCGUUAAAUUAUCAAGAAAAUUUUAAUGAAAAUGACACUACAUAUAACCAUGCUAAUGUUAAUAAAAAUGACAUUUUUUGUCAUUUUUAA